AUGAACAUAAAGCAACGGGAGGAUGAAACGCUGAAAUCUUAUAUAACCCGCUUUAACAAGGAGGCCCUCUCGAUUAAUGAAGCUGACUACAAGAUACUAGUGGCUGCAUUUACCAAUGGGUUACGGAAGGGGAAGUUUCUGUUUUCCUUAUACAAAAAUGACCCAAAAACCAUGUUGGACAUACUUUACAAGGCUACUAAGUACGUGAAUGUGGACAACGCAUUGUUGGCUCGAGAAGAGAAGCCCAAGAAGAGGGAAAGACAAGAAGAUACACAGCAAAAUAGGGGAUGGAAGAUGGUUAGGACCGGAGACCGACAGGAGGAUAGGCACCCCAAACCCCCCACUGGGAGGUUCACAAGCUUCACCCCGCUGACUGCCACGAUCAACCAAGUCUUGAUGCAGAUCAAGAACGAAGGAGCCUUCACAUUUCCUAGCAAGCUAAAAAGAGAUCCCAGUAAGAGGUCUAAAGAUAAGUACUGUCGUUUUCACCGUGAUCACAAUCAUGAUACGUCCAAUUGCUAUGACUUAAAGCAGCAGAUAGAAGCUCUUAUCAAACAAGGAAAGCUGCAAAUGUUUGUUAGCAAGGAAAGGAUAGACCCACUGCAAAAGCAUGCUGCUUGGAGGGAAAACAAGCGUCCUAGGCCCCCCUAG